CUCCGAGCGCGAACGACGCGUUCCUCGCCGGCACGCCGUACGCCGCCAACUUCAAACUCUCUAACAUGUGUUUUUCCUCACAUUUCACAUCCCCGAUCCGAAAUUAAAUCGGAAACCGGCCACUACGAGCCUAAUGUGCGUGGGCCGGGAUCGCCAUGUGGGCAUACAUCAUAGCUGCCACUCGCGGGGACGCGCGACACUCCGUCCAGAAGCGUAGCUCUCCAGCCAACGACGACCAUUUGUACUCGUACAGAGAUGGGAAGGUGUUCACCAUAUCGUCCUCGCAAGGCCCGCGCCCUACGCCCGGGCCCUCGGGCCUGAAUUCCCGGGACACCAGCACCAGCUCCCAGAAUUACCCAAAGAAAGCUGUGACGCAGGGCACCUCCGCGUCACAAAUGACAAACGAUUACAGGAACCAGUUGGAAGACGGGAUAGAGCCUUUUGAAGAGGCGACCAGCGAUCCCAACACUGGCUCGAACUGGAUUCAGCGCCAUGUGUCGCGUUUAGCGCGCAACCUCCGCUACCGAAUCAGCAGGGAACGCCGGGUGAAGCCGCCCGAUGCCUUCCUGGACAAGUACUCCGCUCAGACCUUCAAGGACCCACAGGAACCACUCUAUCAGGCUAAGAGGUCGAAACUACUCUGCGGCCUGAAGCUGGCUUUUGACCCGACUCUUCCGGCGCAUUAUCAUUGGUUAGCAGUGGUAUCUUUGGCUAUCCUAUACAAUGUGGUCUUCGUGAUUGGUCGAGCUGUUUUCUGGGAGCUGGACAAUUUGACGCCGAUAUGGUUCGUGCUCGACUACCUGUGCGACACUAUCUACCUUGUAGACACAGUAGUUCAUGUUCACGAAGGAUAUUUAGAACAAGGACUUAUGGUGAAAGACUCAAAGAAACUCAGGCAACACUAUCUGGAAUCGGACUCAUGGAGAUACGACAUCAUAUCUAUGUUGCCAACCGACAUAGCUUAUUACUGGUGGCGUCCGGGAUCGUGCGACUAUAAUCGUUUGCCAUGCCCUGUUAUUGUGCGGCUCAAUCGUCUAUUUCGCAUGCCCCGAAUGUGGGUGUGGUUUGACCGCACUGAGACGGCCACGAGCUAUCCAAACGCUUUCAGGAUAUGCAAGGUCGUUAUGGGUAUCCUAGUCCUUAUCCACUGGAAUGCCUGCAUAUAUUUUGUCAUUAGCUAUGCUAUAGGAUUUGGCACAGAUAAUUGGGUUUACAAUAUAACAGGCUCUCGCAAUGAAACUUUGGCUCAUCAGUACAUUUACAGCUUUUAUUGGUCGACCCUUACCCUGACCACAAUUGGUGAAACACCACAACCAGAAAUCGAUGCGGAAUAUUUGUUUGUUGUGGCCGACUUUCUGGCAGGAGUAUUAAUUUUUGCUACAAUUGUUGGAAACAUUGGCUCAAUGAUUUCAAAUAUGAAUGUGGCGAGAGUGGAAUUCCAGAAUAAAAUGGAUGGUGUCAAACAGUACAUGGCAUUUAGGAAAGUCAGUGGAGAAUUGGAGGCUAGGGUCAUUAGGUGGUUCGCAUACACAUGGGCUCAAAGCGGGGCUUUGGACGAGGAGAACGUUUUGUCAUCUUUACCGGACAAAUUGAAAGCGGAGAUUGCUAUAAGAGUUCACAUGGACACUCUGAAACAAGUCAAAAUAUUUCAAAAUUGCGAACCUGGGUUAUUGGAAGCUUUGGUUUUAAAACUGCGACUUCAAGUUUUUAGUCCUGGAGAUUACAUUUGUCGCAAAGGUGAUGUUGGGAAAGAAAUGUAUAUUGUCAAAAGAGGCAGAUUACAAGUAGUUGCUGAUGAUGGUAAUACUGUCCUGGCUACACUCAGCGCUGGCUCUGUAUUUGGGGAAGUGAGUGUUCUGGAAAUUGCUGGUAACGUCACUGGGAAUCGACGAACGGCUAACGUCCGAGCAUUGGGUUAUUCCGAUUUAUUUUGUUUAGCGAAAAGAGAUUUAUGGGAAGCUCUGGCUGACUAUCCCGAUGCUAGAGUUACACUGACCGAAGUUGGGUGUGGACUUCUGCGUAAGGACGGUUUAUUAGAUGAAAAUGUGUUUAAAAAUGCACAAACCACCCAGCAAAGUUUAGAGGAAACUGUACAAAAGUUAGAAACUACUGUUGACAUGUUGAAUAACCGUUUGCAAGGACUAUUGGCGGAUGUAGGCGAAGAGCAAGCCAAAAUAAAGCAAAGGAUCAACAAAAUUGAAGUCAGAGUAUUAGAAACUGAGGACGAGGACACAGAUACAGAUGACGUUACAUCAAUGGAAGCAUCUGAAUUACGGAGCGAAAUCGUAAGAACAUGUGACGUUUCAUGUUAUAGUGAGAUACCCAUGAGUUCGACAUGCGACACAUCUUUAUAUCUUCUAAGCAAUCCCAUACCAGUCCGAGAACGGGGACACUCUUUGUGUGUGGAGAGGACAACAGAAUUGCUGAAAUUUACGCCAGAACCACGCAGCAAAUCACUUCGUUUGAAAAGACCCAAAGAUCAAAAAUAAACGAAUCUUUUGUAUACUAAAUUUAGUUUAUGAACGAAAAAAUUAUGUAAAAAUUGUAAUUAUUUUUGAUACGGAAAGCUUUAUAGAUUUGGCGGAUUAAAAAAAAAUUAUCUAUCAUUUUUAUGUAAAAGAAUAUAAUGAAUUGUUGGGCUGGUGCGUAAAGAACUCCAGAACUCUUAUUUUAGAUAACAAAACAAGUUACAAAAAUCUAAAAAUAUAUAACUGUUUUAAACUUUAUAUUAGUAAUGAAUAACUGAUAUUUAUUAAUGCUACCUAAUAUUUAGACGUGUAUACAUUUUAACUAAUAAAACAUUUUACAAACUUGUCAAAAAUCUAGCUGUGUUUCGUUCUAACGAACGUAAUUACUAGUUAUAAUAUAUAAUAUAACAUAUAUAUACUGUUUUGAUGAAUGUAUCAACAAAAUUAGAUGCCAUCCAAAAACAGAACCAAAUUUAUUGAAAUUCGCACCAACUCUCGACCAUUUCAAGUUUAUAAAGUAAAAGUAGAAAUUAAAAUUGUACUUACCUAAGAGUAUUUUUAAUAUUUUAACAACGUUAUCAUAAGCAGAAAUUUAAUAUUAAAAUCUGUUUAACAGAGCAACUUUUGCAUUUGAAUGUUUUGAUAGUAUGUAAGUAAUAUGUAUACUUAACCACUUUUACGCCUUAAAGGCUAUAUCUGGACAGAGCCCUUCAAAUAGGCCUAAUGAUGCGUCUUCCCUCUGACUGGAGUGUCUUGGACGACAACGACGAAGAUGAUGGAUAGAGCAGAUUGAUUCAAAUCAGCAGAUGAUAAUAAAGUAAUUUUGUAGUAGAUUUUCGAUACUAAUUGGUGUAAUCCCAUUUGAUAAACGAACAUAUGCAUAUACAAUUUAUAUAGAUUGUACACAAAAUAACAAAGCACCUAUGACUUUGCAAAAGCCAAUUCAAUGGCUUAAAAGUAGUUUAAAGAUUAUAUAGUGUCAUUUCUCAAAUAAACAUACUUAUUCGUUAGUAAAAUUAUAUCAAUGACUUUGUAGCAAACUAUAAGCCAAUGAUCUUCUUCCAAAGGUUUUUUUUUAUGAACUAUAUGUAAUACAUGUAUUAAAAAAAAUAUAUUAAAACGUUACAUUCCAGUUAUAUUUACAAUAAUUCUGGUUUGUAUUAUUGAAAAUUAUCUAGAUUCUAAGCAUAACGUUCCAUGUCUCUUUCCUUAGGUAAUACUUAUACAUGUUCAUAUAUUUGCGAUGAAAGUUAAAUAUAAAAAAAAUAUAAAAUUGUAGAAUAUAAAAUGCAUGUUAAACAUUUGUUGUGUAAUAUCUACAAAUGAUACACGUUAUUGUUAGCAAACAUCUACGUAUUUAGUAUUUAAGGUUUCAAACAUGUGUCAAUAUAGAAAGUGGCUUUAAGUGAGAUGUCAAUAUGACAUCAAUAGGGUUGUAAACAAGGAAUGGUAAUUUUGUACGGCAUUUUUAAAUAAUUAAUGUGUAGGUAUGUGUACUUUAAAAUAUUAAUGUAGAUUUUGUGUAGAUACUUUUGUAUUAUACUGAUUUAGGUAUUUAUUUUUUAAUUUAAUUAUACAAUGUGAAGCAUAUUUUUUAAAAUAGCGGCCGGUAGUUUAAAUUUAAAUAUAUAUAAUAAUAUAUAUAUGUCAAUUAAUUUUGAACUGGAAAUUGUUACUCCAUUUUUUUAUUACUAUUUGUACACGAAUUUUUUUAAUAAAUUUAAUUAGUUUUAAAACGAUUUUGGAGACUAUUUUAAAACUGUAUUUCCUUAAUAAAAAUCUUUGAUAAGAACUUAUACUUGUAAAUGUAAUUUAAAUCAGAUGGCA